AACCGCUGAAAAUGGUGGACGAAGUCAAUUUGAAGGGACUUUACAAAAUGCUUACGAAUUAUGACAAAAAACGUAUUUUGUUUCAAAUAUUUUACGCAGAAACUCGAUAAGAGAUUAUGAGAAUACUGUGGCUUUUGUAUAAACUGAGGAUUUGCUAUGAAUUGCCUUUUUUCAGCCUCUGUUAGUCUUAAUUCUAGUAAGUGUUGUUUUGUGGGACUUUCAGCUGAUAUAGCUCAACGUCUACCAACGUCUGUGCAGGAUCCUGGUAAAGUAAUCAUAUUCAAGGUAGAAUGGCCAGAGGGUGUAGCAUUCGUUAGCUGGUCAGGUGAUGUGGCAGUGAACAGAUCUGUCGGUAUUGGACAAACACAGUCUUCUGCCAUAAUUGAGAUAGGCAGGAAAUUUGCAUAUCUCAAUGGAAUACAAGAUGGAGAACAGAUUGUUAGGAACCAAGAAAGAAGUGGCAAAAGAACAGACAAGUUUUUAARGCAAUUUACUGUUUUUCUUCAUCCAAGUUCUGUUAGAUUUCAAAAGCUGAAGUGUGGAAAAGAUCAUCCUGUUGUGUUUACAGAGGAUUAUGAAGGCCUGGCGAAGAYAGUAGUGAUAAAAAAGGUUUUGUCACCGAGAGAGAGAAUGGARUUGUUGAAUAUUAGUAAGGGGAAGGGCAAAGGGAGUGAAAGCAGUCAGGGAAACCAAGGGAUGAAAGAUGUCAUGCCUAAGCCAGGAAUAAGGUAUUUACUUACCCAAUUUUUUUAUAUAUGUAAGAUAGAAGAACUUGGCCAUGAUGUUGUGUUAGUGGCAUUCCAAACUUGGGUGUGUCAAGCAGGCAGUGAAGCAUCCCCUCUAGUGAUAUGGAAUGGAGCCACUGUGACCUAUGAUUGUCAAGGUAUUCAUCUGGAAAUGAGUAUUACAGUUCUCAGUCAUACUCAGAGUACAUCCAACCCUGAGAACAUACCUUACCAUAACAUCAUGCCAAGCACACUGGAUAGAAUAAAGGUUGUCAUAGGUGAUGUGAGAUCCAUGUCUAAAGGUGUGAAAGAGUUGUUGCAGGUCCAGUCUGACUAUAAGGCACAGUGUUGUUGUACUAUCAAGGAUCUUGGAGGGUUUGAUGAACCGUUCAAAAAAUGUAUGAACCAUCUCUUAGUUUCCUUGACAAAAGAUCCCUUCUCUACCCUCCUGAGUGGUGGUUUGACAGCUGGCCUUGGAAACGGAGCUGUUCUGAUAUGUGGCAGUGGCACCAAUGCAGGGGAGGGGUGUGGCAAGACCUCUCUUGCACAUACUUUGUGUCAUCAGCUACAACAGUGGCCUGUGUGUGCACAUGUUACUAUCAUAGAUUGUAUUCCGCUACGAGCUAAGAGAGUAGAAACAAUUCAGCGGCAAUGGCAGCAAGCAUUUGCAGAGGCAGCCUGGUACCAACCAUCUGUUAUCCUAUUGGAUAAUCUUGAUCAUGUGAUCUCAGCCCCAAAUCUUACCCAAGAAAUGGGAGGAGAAGGAUUUUAUAGAAAGAGGCUUGUCGAAGUUUUCAAGGACCUCCUGGCAGUAGAGGUUGCCAACAGCAGUUCAAUUGCCGUCAUAGCAACAAGCAGAUCACUUGAUUCUCUCCAUGCUGCAUUACAGUCAGGGCAUGGUUCUCAUAUUUUCCAGUGCUGUGUAGAGCUUGGUGCUUUGAGUGAAGAGCAAAGAGAAGAAGUGCUCUCUGUAAUAAUCAAAAGAAGGUUUGAGAAUGUCAGCCAACAAGAGCUAGAUGCUGUCUUAAAAUCUGUURCUCAAAAGUCAGAGGGAUUCUCACCCAAGGAUCUUAGUAGACUAACUGACAAAGCACUGCAUUUCUCUGUUGUGAGAAAAAAUAAUAAAACUAAAGAACCAAGUCAGCCUUGCCUUCUUCUGGAUGAUUUCCACCAAGCAUUAUCAGGGUUCAUACCAGCAUCUCUUCAAGGAGUCCACCUGCACAAGGCUGGGGAACUGAGUUGGUCUGAUGUUGGAGGACUGCAAGAUGUCAAAGAAGCUCUGAAGGAGACUCUUCUUUGGCCCUCAAAAUACAGAAAGAUAUUUUUAAAAUGUCCUCUUCGCCUUCGUUCUGGUCUGCUCCUCUAUGGUCCCCCAGGAACUGGGAAAACAUUGCUUGCUGGUAUUGUGGCUAAAGAAAGUGGGCUGAACUUCAUUAGCAUCAAAGGACCUGAGCUGUUGAGUAAAUACAUAGGAUCCAGUGAACAGGCUGUCAGAGAUGUUUUUGCAYGGGCACAGACAGCCAAGCCAUGUAUUUUGUUCUUUGAUGAAUUUGACUCUCUUGCUCCUCGGCGUGGUCACGACAGUACAGGGGUGACAGACCGUGUUGUUAAUCAACUGUUGACACAGCUAGACGGAGUGGAGGGCUUAGAGGGAGUUUAUAUACUUGCUGCAACAAGCAGACCAGGGCUUAUUGACCCAGCUUUGUUACGACCGGGAAGACUGGAUAAGUGUGUAUACUGCCCUAUUCCUAACAAGUCUGAAAGACUAGAGAUUCUCCUAGCAUUAACACACAACAUUCCUCUUGCCGACGAUGUUGACCUGCAAACAUUAGCAGACAAGUGUGACCACUUCACUGGAGCUGACUUGAAAGCACUUCUAUACAAUGCACAACUAGAGUCCAUCCACAGAUGUACCAGCAAGCUUAAACUGUAUGGAAAUAUAUUCAACACRCAAGAUGAAACAAAACAACUAGGAAAUCCAAAAGAAGACAAAGAUGAGAUGAGUGGACAGCUGUCAGUAAUUCAGGAAAGUUUUUUGGCUUUUAGUAUCAGUGAAGGAAAGAAAACAUUAUCAAGAGAAGAUUGCGACACAAUUAAAACUGAGCUUGCUGCUCUUGAGAAGAAACAUUCUGCACUUCAGACUAUGGCAAAGUCAGAAAAAAAGGAAAAUAUAAUAUAUAUCACCCAAUCAGACCUUGAUAGAGCAGCUUCUACGAUGAGGCCAUCUGUGUCUCCAAAAGAGAGACUCGGCUAUGAAAACCUGUAUGACUCUUUUGUCAAAUCACGAGGUGGUAGCUUCACAAAGAAUCUACCACUGGACAGCAAAGCCACACUAGCCUGAUGAAAACCAUACACCCACAGAAAAGAAACUACCUACGCUUGAAGAAAAUUUUGCAACAAAGUCGUUCAAUUUUGAUUAUAUUUUUGAACUCAAACAAGCCUGUCAUACAAAAAUCACAUUUAUCAUUAAUUAUUAUAGACUGAUAAUAUUUAACGUGCAUAAAUUUUUAAGCAAAUUUGAAUAAAAAAUUUACAUUUGAA